AUGACACAAACACGCCCAAAAGUAUUUGUUUUAGGCUUUGGAUCCAUUGGCGCUCUUCUUGCCUCUUGCCUGCAGCAGCAGACGCAGUCUGUGGUGGUUCCGCUGCUAAGAUCUAGAGAGAGGCUUGGCGACUUCAAAAAGCUUUCUUUCAAGGCCGGCAUCAGGGCGCUCUACCAGAAAGACAAACCUAUCUCAGAAAGCGUGUUUGAGAAUGCUUCCUGUCCAGAGCUCUUUCCACAGGACUGGAGAAUUGACAACUUGAUUAUCACUACUAAAACCUACCAGACAAAAGAGGCGCUUGCACCCUACAUGAAGUACAUACACUCCGACACUAAUAUCAUCCUCGUCCAGAACGGACUGGGCGUUUUCGAAGUUCUGAACGACGAAAUCUUUCUUGACUACAAACCUAAUUUGUUCCAAGGUGUGAUCUCCCAUGGUAUCUUCCAUGACACUGGUUUUACAUUCAACCACGCAGGUUUUGGUGACAUGAAGGUCGCAAGGCUCCCAAGCGAAGGUCCUGGUAGCAUAGUGCAGUCCAACACCCUGAUCGCGGACAACGCCAAGAACAACGAGCUGAUUCGCUUGAUGUGCUCCCCUGGUUACGCUGAGGCGCUAGCUGUCAAGCAUAUGACGUAUCAAGAAAUGUUGCUGGGACAGCUAGAAAAGUUCCUUGUCAACGCAUGUAUGAACCCAGUCACGUCUAUCGUGGACUGCAUCAACGGCGAGUUCAAAGACUGCGCAGCACCAAUUUUUAGCGCGAUUGUGACCGAGGCCCUCGACAUCUUGCGCGUCGCAUACCGUCCGCUUUUCGACUACAAGCCACAGAGCGACGACUACCCCACCCUUGACGUCGCGUCUAUUCUGGACGCAGACAGAAUGCUGGAUUUCAUCAUCCACGUCGGCUGCGUGGUGAACAAGGAAAACAGCUCGUCCAUGAGGCAAGAUGUGGUCAACGUGCGCGAAACCGAAAUAGACUACAUUAACGGAUACAUCGUGACGCUUUGCGAAAAGCUUGGUCUGGGCCCAGAGCGUUGCAAGGUGAACCAGACCAUCGCAACGCUCGUCAAGCUCAGGCUGGAGCUGAACAGAACGCGCAAGCUUCACGGCGACAAGCGUGCCGUGUAG